UCAAAAGCUUCAUUCUCCCUCUCAAAAUUGAAAGCCGGGCCUGUGAUAGAGAUUUGCGCGUGCGUGAGUGCCUUUGUGUGAGUGAACGCAAAUGGAGGACUCUCUUCCUCAGGUUCAUUAUGGAUAAGACGGACGAGGAACCGACUUUUCAGUACUUUGCUGUGAAGAAUGAUGAGGAGACUUUUGUUAACAUUUCCGAUAUGUUGGACCUGCCUGAAGUACCAGAUGAUAACAGCAUAAAUAAGGAAAUAUUUUAUUUGGCUUUUGACAACAAUGAACUGCAGGAGGACUCGGUUCCUGACGACCCCCUUGAAGGUGUGGGCUUGGAUAACAUGAAUGAUUCGUCCACUUCAUUCAGUGAAACGGAUUUAAAGCUUAUAACACUUGGCGAUGGCAGGAUAUUUGUUACUACAGAUAAUAACUUGCAGAGCUUACAAACACAAUCUAUGAUGGUGGAAACGCCUGAAGAAACUGAAACGAUGACUGAAUCGGCUCAACUUUCCAACGAAGAGGAAUCAUCAGUUGACAAUUCUGAUGUAAAUUACCAAUUGCUCCAACUGGAGGACGGCUCUCAGGCCAUUUUUACGUUAUAUAAAAUAAAAAACAACGAAGACGUGAAGGACGAGCCUCCAAAAAAAGUAAAAAAAUAUCAAUGCCCGCACGAGAGUUGCGAUAAGGUUUACGCGACUUCGUACCACCUCACUGUGCACAUAAGGAGCCACACUGACUGUAAGCCUUACCCGUGUUCCAUCGAGGGCUGUGAGAAAAAAUUCGCGACUAAUUACUCCCUCAAAGCCCACAUUCGGACCCACACGGGCGAAAAACCAUACGCGUGUUCCGUCUGCACUAAGCAAUUUAAAACGUCGGGGGAUUUACAGAAACAUCUGAGAAUUCACACUGGUGAAAAGCCGUUUGAAUGUCCAAUUGAAGGUUGCGGGAGAUCGUUCACGACUUCCAAUAUCCGCAAAGUCCACAUCAGGUCGCACACCGGGGAAAGACCGUACAUUUGCGACUGUGGCAAGGCAUUUACGUCGUCAACUAAUUACAAGAAUCAUUUGAGGAUACAUUCCGGGGAAAAGCCCUAUGUUUGUACGGUGGAAGGCUGCGGGAAACGCUUUACCGAGUAUUCGUCUCUUUAUAAACACAAUGCGGUUCAUAUGCCAGUCAGGCCGCACAUGUGCAUUUUUUGUGGACAGAGGUUUAAGCAAGAGUCGGCGUUAAACUUGCACAAGAGGUUGAAGCAUAACGUGGUUGUGACUAAAGAUGGGACUGAAAUUAUUGUUAAAAUAGAGUAGUUAGAAGAUUUAUUUCUGUUGCGAAACGUACUAUUUAUUAUCAACUAGAAAAUAGCGGAUUGUAUCGAUAAAUAAAUUUAUGUUAUUAA